AUGCUGGCGGGUCCCUGCUCAGCCCUUCCUGCUCAGCCGUCCCCUCGCAGCUGGAGACCUGCCCACAGAGGUCACAGAGGCGUGGGUGAAGUCGCUGCCUGGGGACCAAGGCAGGCGGCAGGCUUUCCGACACUGCUCACCCAUCAGGUGUUGGUCAAGCGCCUGUUGCACAAAGGCUGUGCUGUAGACACAGAGGAUCCAGCAGGACACAAAGCGGACCCCGAGAUCUGCCCCACGGGCCCUAAAGGAACGGGGGUGACGGGCAGAGCUGCGGCUGGCGUCCCGGCUCAGGACGGCGAACCGGCGAGGUUCCCCUACGCGGCAUCAGUGACGGCCCAGCAAAGGGUGGGACAAGCCCGCCUUCCAGGGACAGCGUUUACGGGAGGAAACGCAAGUGCUGCAACUCGGCGGCAUUUGUUCUGUGUUGGGACAGCGCUGGUGAUCAGAACUGAGGACAAACAGGCGGGGAAGGGCGGCAGGCUGCUGGGGUGGGGCUGGCAUUUCAGGGUGAACAUGAGGCCUGGGAGGCCGCGUGCAGGUGAGUGGCGGGAGCGGGCGCCCACGAGGAGCGUGCGGAUGUUGUGCAGCUGUCCUUGGGGAGAUGAUCUGGGCAGGAAGGACGCAUGCAAAGGCCCCGGGCAGGCAUGUCUGGUGUACAAAGGGGGACGGCACGGCUGGAGCGGAGGGAACAAGGUCAGAGAAAGAAGAGGAUCUGGGGUCUCACGAGUGUGGGAGCCAGUGGAGCUCACCAGGGUCAUCAGCACCCAAGUGGCCCCCGAGAUCCCGAGUGUGUCCCUUUGGCCUGGCUUCACCCGGCGGGAUGUGACGACCCCAGGGGAAGCAGAAUCAGUCGAGCUGCUCGUGGCCUCCCCGGAGUUGGUGCUGCUGUCCCAGGGCCUGGCUUCCUGGCAGGUCCAGCACUCGGGGCUGAGCGAGAAGUCAGAUCCCGAUGGAACCUCGGGGCUCUCGAGGGCCGACGGCGGCUGCCCUGCCAGGGUACCUGGGGUCAGAGAUGGGCAGUGCCCGGCCCCGCCGCAGGUGUCCUGCCAGCGGAGACACAGAGCGGCCCUGUGUGCUGACCGCUGGCCGGGCCGGCCGCACGGCUUUGCACAGACUUUGGCUUGGCAUCUCUGUCUCCAGCCCCUAAAUCCUUCGAUUCAGCCCCGGCUCUCGCUCUGUGCUCUUGGCAUGGCUCGCCCAUGUGGUCAUUUGAGGGCUCUGUACGUCCAGGAUGAUGGCCUGGAAAUUGCCGUCAACUCCUGGCCUGUGGGCCUCUCCCAGGACAGGCCCCCAAAGCAGCUGUUCUGUCGGAGGGAGCAAGUGAGCAAAGCUGCAGAGAGCCAGGGCAUCGCCAGUAACCUGUGCCGCCAUCACCUCACGUUCUGUCCGUGA